AAAAUAGUAAGUAAGUAAAGUAUCUCACAGUUUUACUACAGACUUUGAAAUAAUGAAGCUGCCACCAGUCUCAUCCUGAAUUCAGUUGGUUUUUUUGCAGCAUAUCUUCUUAUUCCGGCCUUCUUUGAUGAGCGCCGCCCUGACCAAUGAGAAGGCGAGGCGUCUAUUCGACGAGCCAAUCAACGCGCUCUUACGGUUUCUACGGAAGCCCAAUGUGGCGGAGGCGAGUGAGCAGUUUGGUCAGUUAGCAAAAGAGCUGAAGCAGCAGGACUGCCUUCAGUAUGCUGCCUUCUGUAACCUGGCCAUGGCUCGGUGUGAGCAGACUCUUUUCAACGCUCCUGGAGAGGCUCUGGCGCUAACCGAUGCUGCCCGCCUCUUCCUCUCAUCUGAGAAGGAGAACCGGGCGCUGCAAGCCCCGGGCUUUGACGAGCACCUUCAAGCUGCACUCAACUGCUACAGUUUUGCCAUCAAGGUGCACAUUGAGAUGAACCAGCCUGUGAUGGCAGCCAGCCUGUGUCUAGAACUUGGCAAUGCCCUCAAGGAGAUGAACAGACCAGGAGAGGCUAUCGUUCACUUCCAGAGGGCUGCAGAGCUGCAAACACAGACGCCGAUGGAAGCUCUGCUGUCAAUGGGAGAAAUGGCCACGUGUAAAAUACUCACCCGAGACUACGACGGUGCUCUGUCAGUGUUCACAGAGAUGCAGCUGAUGUGCCAGGAGAGAGGACUGCAGCUACCGGGCAUCAACACCCCUGUUGGUGCCUUUUUGGACAUUGUGGCAAAAUGUGAAAUAUCCAGAGUUUUACUGCUGAUGUUGCUUGAGCCUCCGCCUCAGAAGUUGUUACCAGAACAUGCCCAGACCCUGGAGAGAUACGCAUGGGAGUCUUUUGACCCUCACAGCCAAGUGAACUUCCUGCCUGAGAAUGUUUUCCUGCUCCUGCAGUCAGUAGUGAUGGCGUGUCAGGAGAAAGACACAGAGUCCCUCAAGUCUCUUCAGACUGAGCUUUGGCCAUUUCUGACUGCAGAGCAGAAUCAUCUCCUCCACCUGGUGGUUCAGGAGCGCAUCACGCCGUCUGGACAAGGCAUUUAGUCAGUCAAGGUUUUGCUCAUUUCCUCUGGGAACGAUACUUAAUAUUAUGGAACAUUCCUGUUUCUGACUGGGUCUGUUGUAAGGCCCGAAGAAGUGUUGUCUUCAAAACCUCUGUGUUGUAA